UAGGGCGAAAUCUUGGGGAAUUUCGUCUAGAAAUGCAAUUACCUAACCGUGCGCGAUCCCGCGGUGGCUGAUCAUUUUUUUGGCAGCGAGUCGAUUUAUGGCACAACAGGUUGUGAAUUCAAUUCACAAAACAGGAAUCAUCUCAACAACAAACAAUCUUUGGCAGUGACGUAGCAGCAGGUCAGAGCGGGAAGAGCGGAGGAAAGCGAAGCCGGGAGAUUCGACUCCUGACGGUGUGUUUAAGCUACAUGUCGGAACAGAAAGAAUCGGUACACCCACCGUUGCUUCAUCUUCAGGCUUUUGUCUUUUCAACGGUGUGAUGUUACCACAGUCUGCGGGUGUCCAGAGCGGAACCUGCUGCAGCUGUUAAAACUUUACAGAUGGAGGCCAUGGAGGUAGACUCCCUGGUUGAGCUAGAGGCUGCUGCUCCAGCUGAAAAUGCUGGAGUUCUGGUCGCCAUCUCAGACUCCGGCAGCAGCACUGAAGUGGAUGAGGAUGAAGAUGGAGAUGACGACGGGGGGCAGGCGACCGCUCGAGCUCCCAUCAGGCUUCCUGCCACCUGGGCAUUUAGUCAGGGGUCUGUAGCUGGAUCUGCAGCCAUGGCCUCAGCAGCUCAGGGUACACCGAUGAGAAGGAGGCUCAGACAGGGUCUCCGGGUCCACUACCCCAGCCAGACUACAGCACCUUCCAGAACCUUCCUAGAUUUCCUGCUCCGGGCGCCAGCUGCAGGUGUAGCUCAGCCAGAGUCUAGUAGCACCUCGGAGGCCAGUGAGUCUGAGGAUGAGCCGGGAGGAGAAGACCAGAAUCUGGCCGCUGCUGCAGAGGCCCCUGGCCCGGCCCUCCCAGGUGCCUCCAUCCAACAGGCAGAGCAGCAGGAAGCCAGAACCGACGAUUCUAGGCUGGCUGGUCCAGCUGCAGACCAUCACAAACCAGAAGCUCAGAGUCUCGACUGUCAGCCAGCCCAGGCUUCAGGAUCAUCGGCCCACAUCGAGGACAAUGAAGACAACAGUUGCUCCAUCUGCUAUGAGACCUGGACAACAGCAGGAGACCACAGAUUGUCCACUCUGCGCUGUGGACACCUGUUUGGCUACACCUGCAUCCAGCGUUGGCUCAAAGCUCAGGGCUCUGCUGCCAAGUGUCCUCAGUGCAACAAGAAAGCCAAGCGCUCCGACAUCGUGCUGCUGUACGCUCCCAAACUGAGAGCUGUCGACAACUUUGAGCAAGAGACCCUAAAGAGGUCUCUGGAGCAAGAGCAGUCUCUGAGGAGGAAGGCAGAACUGGAGUCAGCUGAGUACAAACUCAAACUACAGGUGGUCACCAACAAAUAUGGAGAAGCCCAGCGCGAGCUGCAGGAGCUGAGGACCUUGAUUGCCCAGACCAAAAGGAGCGCUGUUCCUUCCUCCACUACGUGCUCCUCUUCCUCGCUAAGCUCAUGUCUCUUCAGUGCAUCUCAGAGGGCAGAGGCCUCCAGGACAGCCCAGUACAGCUUCUCCAAGGCGGUGAUGGUGUCUCAGAGUGGAGGAUGCAGGGUUUUGUCCUUCUGUCAACCUCUGAGUUGCCUGCUGGUCUCACAGCCGUCUCCUCACUCUGCUCUGGUGCCCGGUUGUGGAAUAAAGAAAGUGAGCGUGAUGAACAUGAAGGCAAGCCAAUAUGUUCCUAUCCACAGUAAACAGAUCCGAGGUCUGUCCUUCAACAGGCAGAAUGACAGCCUGCUGCUGUCUGCAGCACUGGACAACACCAUCAAACUGACCAGUCUGCUGACCAACACGGUGGUUCAGACGUACAACACUGGUAAACCAGUGUGGAGCUGCUGCUGGUGUUCUGACAACAGUAAUUACAUCUACGCUGGUCUGAGCAACGGCUCAGUGCUGAUCUACGACACCAGAGACACCAGCACACACAUUCAGGAGCUGGAGCCUCUACGCUACAGGUGUCCAGUGGCGUCUCUGUGCUACGUGUCGCGGGCGGCGUCCAGUUCAUUCCCCUGCGGUGGGCUGAUUGCUGGCUCGCUAGAGGGGGGGUGCUUCUGGGAACAAGUGAACGAGACCACUUACAGAGCUCACGAGCUGCCACUGGAGAGCACUGGCUGCACAGACAUCCAGGUGGAGCCGGAGAGCAGACACUGUCUGGUCACGUAUCGACCCGGCUGGAGCUCCAUGUACCAGAAGGAUUUCAUUAAGUGCUGUCUCUGCUGCAGGACGUGCCAACCGGUCUUUGCGUCAUGUCCUGAUGGCCCUGACCCGAUCUCCUCAGCAGGACUCCAGUCAGAUGCCCACCUGCUCGUGGUCGCCAGUACAGACGUUCACAGCUGGCUCAUCCUGCAAGCUGCUCACCAAGAACGCGGUCUUCAGGAGUCCAGAUGGAAGUGGGACUCUGGUGUGUGCCGGUGAUGAGGCCUCCAACUCCACCAUGGUGUGGGACGCUACGAGCUGCUCCUUGCUCCAGAAGCUUCCAGCCGACCUCCCUGUGUUAGACGUCAGUCCUUUUUCAGUGAACAGUGAACACUUCCUGGCUUGUCUCACAGAGAAGAUGCUGAAACUCUACAGGUGGGAAUGAACAAGUUCACUCGACUGCAUGAACUCCAGAAACACGGCAGUUUAACACUUCUGCGGGGCUCUGUGUGGUUUUCAACAUUUACAUGCGAUCACCGGCUCACACCACUCAGAGACCUUAGAGAAGUCUACAUGAACCAAAGACUUGCUUCACAACAUAAGUGGAAACGAGCGCUCCUAAUGUCUCCAGCAGACUGAUUACUGAUGGUUCUUAAAAGGAAUCGCUUGGAAAAUGCUGGGUCCUGCAGCCAGCUGGCUCGUGGACCACUGUGUCUGGAAUCAUGAACAUCUAGUAUUUGUUUUCUGUCUCGUUCAUGCAUGUUACCAGAACCUGUUUCUAAAUGAUACUUUGUGUUUUGGGCCAGCAGCUGCCCAACUGUCCUGAGAGCAGAAUGUUGAUGACAUGUUCAGAUUACAGCUAACUGGAUUCUGGUUUUAUGGUGUGUUGAAGUUCCAGGUCCAGGUUUCUGCCCGUUUCCUCCCCCACAAAGUACCACAGAGAUCUGCUGUUGAUGCUGCUGAUGGAAUGUUUUUUAUUGUAAAUGUGUAUAAUUGAUACAACCUGUUUGUGUAAAACUUCCACAUGAAUAAAACUGGGUUAUUUUUAAACAGA